UCCUCCCUCAAUAGAUGCUGGUGAAGCAGAAGGAGGCCAAUCGGCAGAGCAUGAUCCUGAUGAAGAACGUCGGAGUGGAUGGUCAGCUUCUCCUGGCCUUGGAGGAUUUGGCCAAGAUGACCAAGGAGUUGGAGGAGGCCAAGAUGGAGCACGAAGCCCAAGUGAAGGAUCUGGAGGCCCAAUUGGUGGAACGGCCACUGCCACAGGAGCUGGCCAGGCUGCAGGCAAUGUUGGCCACAGAAGAAGAAGGAAAGGCCCACCUGGAGGAGCGACUCCUCCGAGCAGAGGAGAAAUGUGCCACCCUGGAGCACAAAGUCAAAGUCCUGGAGGAGGAGGCUAAGGCCCCUGACACCCCAGAGGAGUACCCGGUGGUCCCCAUUCCCCCUCCCCCUCCACCCCCUCUGCCGCCUCCCACCUGGCCGGCAAAGACGGACCCCCUGAUGGCCCUGCGAGAGAGGAAAGGAGCGCAGCAUGUGAAAAGGGGUAAGUGGACAUGGGGGCAGGUGGGACCACCCGUACCUGGUCCCCAACCCCUCCCCCCCAUACACACACUCAGGUAUGUGGGGGACAGGACUGUUCAGAAAGUUUCCCCAAAGGGGGUUUCCUUCUGCUCCU